UAAGAGUGGCUAGGAGUACCGGCAGAAAGCACUGGGCAGAGGCAGUGCAGGAAGAAUAAUGUCUGUACCGGUCUUCAACAUCACUCCUAAUUUAACAGUUUCAAAGCUAUGCUUAGGAACUAUGACAUUCGGCGAGCAAAACUCAAUGCUUCAAUCAUUUCACCUUCUCGACCAAGCUUUCAAUGCUGGCAUCAACUUCUUCGAUUCUGCUGAAAUGUAUCCAGUGCCGCAACGCGCUGAGACUCAAGGCAGAAGCGAGGAGUACCUUGGCCGUUGGAUUAGAGAUAGGAGAAUUCCACGUGAUCGUAUUGUCUUGGCGACUAAGGUUGCUGGUCCUUCUGGUCAAAUGACUUGGAUUCGAAAUGGACCUAAGUGUUUGGAUGCUACUAAUAUCACUGAGGCCAUUGACAAUAGCUUAUUGCGAAUGCAAACGGACUACAUUGAUCUCUAUCAAAUCCACUGGCCUGAUCGCUAUGUUCCUAUGUUUGGAGAAACCGAGUAUCAUCCAACUCGACAGUUUUCUUCAGUCAGUAUAGAGGAGCAGCUUGAUGCACUUGGCAGAGCUGUUGAUGCUGGCAAAAUCAGAUACAUUGGGCUUAGUAAUGAAACACCAUAUGGUAUCAUGAAAUUCAAUCAGGUUGCAGAAAAGAUGGCUUGCUUUCCAAAAAUAGUUUCUGUGCAGAACUCAUACAACCUGCUCUGCCGAACUUUUGAUUCUGGUUUAGCUGAGUGUUGUCAUCAUGAGCGAAUCGGCUUAUUGGCGUACAGCCCCCUCGCAAUGGGCAUACUUUCUGGGAAGUAUUUUGCACCGGAUGGGGGUCCAGCAGAUGGCCGAUUAAAUCUUUUCAGAGGAAGGUAUUCAGAAGCAGAAUCAAGAUACAAUUUGUCUAAUAAAAUGAUAAAAGCAGCUACUAUGGAGUAUCUUGGUAUAGCCAAAAAAUAUGGUCUGCAUCCUGUAUCUCUUGCAAUUGGUUUUGUUUUGAGACACCCUCUUGUUGCAAGUGCAAUAUUUGGAGCUACCAAUUCAUGGCAACUCCGAGAGAUAAUUGAUGGUUGCAAGGUUGAGCUGACACCAGAAAUAAUAGAGGACAUCAACGAGGUUCAUGGCAGGUUCCCUAAUCCAUGUCCCUGAUUCUGAUAGAUUUGUGUGUAUUGUAUGUGACAGGUAAUAACUAAAUCUGUAUCAGUAUUUCAUGUGGACUGAUCCGAUCAUAUUCAAUUAGAAGUUGAGUUUUUUUUUUUAA